GGCAAGAAGAAUAAUAACAAUUGUGGUUUAACAAUAAAAAACUUUGUGCCUGUUUUAAGACAUUCUCUGCAGUUUCAGAGAUAUGCACCUAUAUUAAAGUUUAUAAAUAAAUCGCAUCCUACUAAAUUAAUAUUGUGGAGGAUGCAAACCAGUCCCAUAUACUUUCUCCGACUGGUGUAAAACCAGUCUUGCGGCUUUGCAUACACUUUGAAUUGCAGAAAGUAGCUUAAAGCUAAACAAAAAAAUAAACAGGCCAAAUACAAGCUGGCCACAGCCGCGACUGCGUCGUUAGCAGACUACUAAGCACCUGUGUAUGUUAUUUGAGCGACAACAACAACUAGUUGAUUGCCUUCUUGGCGUUUUAUAUGCCGCAGCAACAACGACAAUGGAGCAAAGACAGUCACAUCUUGCCCACACCUGAGCUCGUUUCGUUACUCUCGCGCUAACGCAAAAAGAAAACAAAAAAAGUAGUAAUAAAAAAAAAAAAUUUGCAUAAAGCUACUAUAUGCAUAGUCCAAUAAUUUAAGCAUGUUUGUCGCAUUGAAUCAUUUGCUGGGCAAACGCAAAGGAAUUUGAAGCUAAACGUUAAGUGCAUUAGACGAGAGCACACAUAUAUUGCUUAGUCAAGUUGCUACGUUCUAUGUGAAGAAGAUGACUUCAAUUGAGGAGAAAGUGCGCUGCAUCUUGGACGCCAAGGGUCUGGGCGAUAUAACUACAGAACUUUGUGAUUUUUCGCUCAAAGAGCAGAAUGCCACGGCGGAGGCACAAGGUGUGCAGCCAUCAUCGGCAUCGGAUUUCGUGCCCAAAGUGGGCAAGAGUGUCACCUACAUUGUGGCCUGUGUAAUGUUUAAUGAAAACGACGAGCUGCUUAUGAUCGAGGAGGCAAAGGCGAGCUGUGCAGGCAAGUGGUAUUUGCCCGCGGGUCGCAUGGAGCGCGGCGAGUCUAUAACUGAGGCCGCUGUGCGUGAGCUGUUCGAAGAGACUGGUCUGAAUGCAGAGAUAACAACGCUGCUGGCCGUGGAAACAGCCGGUGGUUCGUGGUUUCGCUUUGUGCUAACUGGCCGCAUUACUGGCGGCAGUCUUAAAACGCCAGCCGAUGCGGAUGCCGAGUCCAUACAAGCGCUCUGGUUGCGCAAUCCCAAAGAGGUGCCGCUGCGCUGCAGUGACAUACUGAACAUCAUAGACAUCGGACGGCAGCAUCAUCAACAACAGCAACAGAAAGCCACAAACGCAGCUACAAUCUGGCACAGCAAUAUUCUGCCCACGCGCCACCCACAUAUACGAAACUAUCUGCGCGUCUUGGCUGUGGCACGCAAGCGUACGACAAACUCGAUGAACAUACUCAUCAGCGAGAAGAACGCCCAUCACUUUCCCACUGUGGAGCUGCAUCCGAAUCGCAGCUUGCAUUCGACUCUGCGUAAAUUUAUGAUUGAAAUCUUUGGCGCAGAGCUGCCGCAGCAUCGACCGCAUGGUCUGCUUAGCGUCGAGCAUGCCGGCAAUGAUGACUCCGAUGGACUCUGCCUAAACGUGCUCGUUGCCUUUAGGCCUGCGCUGGAGGAAAUCUCACUAAUUGGCAAAUGCAUAUGGCAGGAGCUAACUUCGCCACUGGACGAUACGCUGGCGCGUAUUUUAAGCAGCAAAAAUGCCACAAUACCACUCAACGUGAUACGCUAGCUGUUUAGUAUUGUUCUAGCCUCUAAACUUAAUCAAUGGUGCAAGCUAAUUUACUCUAUUAUCUACUAGUUACAAUCUUAAGCAAAUUGUCAAAAGCAUUAUAUGAAAUUCAUAUUGUGAAAUGCAACUGAGAGAAGUUACUUCAACAUCUGUGU